ACUGAAGAUGUAGUAGUGCAAAACAAAUAUUACUAUUUUUAAUGCAAUUUGAAACAUUUUCUAUGUUGUAUUACAGUAAAUUAAUAUUAGAUCGAAAUAUACCGUCAAAUUUACAUGAUAGUCUUUUGAACGACGAUGGGAGUGUUUGAUCAUUUGUAUGAAUCUAUUAAAAAUUCAGCACAAUUACAAAUGUCGUUCAAGAUAGGUAUUGGAUCAGCAGCUGCAGCUUCAUUACUUCACUUUUUAAUAAAAGGAAUACCGCACAGAUCCAUAUUUAUAGGCAUAUACACGCUGGUACCAAUGACAAUAGGGACAUCAUUCUUCUAUGAUUACCAGAGGGUCAAGCAAAAGCUGAGAACUCAGCAAUAUGAGGCAACGAUCAAGCACAGACUCUUAACUGAGGGCACAGAGGAUGACCCUGCAUCGAACACUCCAUAGAAGGAUUUCAUCAUCUGUGAUAUGACACAGUGAAG